AUGUCGGAGAAUGUGUCACAUGCAGGAAUUGUUUUCUAUUUUCAGGAAUUUGAAUCUAUUUACCAGCAGUUUUUCCCGCAUGGAAGUCCCAAGAAGUUCGCCUCAUAUGUGUUUAAUAUAUUUGAUACAAAUAAGGACGGUAUGAUAUCAUUUAAAGAGUUUAUUUGUGCCUUGUCAAUAACCUCAAGGGGAACACUUGAUGAAAAACUAGAUUGGGCAUUCAGCCUAUACGAUGUUGACAAUGAUGGUUUUAUUACGCGUACAGAAAUGAUCGACAUUAUUGAUGCUAUUUAUAGCAUGGUAGGUAACCUGAUCGACUUGCCUAAAGAUGAAGACACACCUGAGAAACGAGCCAACAAAAUAUUUCAACAAAUGGAUAUGAAUCGAGAUGGAAUGCUGUCAAAAGACGAGUUUAGAGAGGGCUCUAAGAGUGACCCUUGGAUUGUGCAGGCCCUUACAAUUGACACAGGACCACAUAUCCACAGCUGACAGCAUUGCAACCUCAUUCAGACAUGUAAAAUUAAUGCUGAUUGGUUGAAUUGUAAAGUAGAAUGAAUUUGAUUGGUUACACAAUUUCGAAUUAAGAAUAAGAACAUUGUAUUGGAUUAUCUGAUUGGCUCUCAUCAUUUUUAGCUGAUUUCGAAUAAAGAAGGUUGGAUUUGAUGGACUAAUUUGAAAUAGAAAUAGUCUAUAAAAGUUUUUUAAAUAGGGAUAAUGAUAUUGUUACUGUAUUAUGAUCAGAUAUUUGCCUACAUUACCCAGAUUUUUAGCAAAACAUGUGUCUCAUGAGUGUUACUGUUUUUUUUUGAUUGGAUACAUCGCUAGAACAGAUUGUAUGUUGUUUUACUUAUACUAAGCCACCAGGUCUUGUAGCAAUUCAACUUUAUACAAUUCUUUACAGAUAUACAUACACUCUUGUCAUUAAAAGCUGCAUGCCUCCAGAUUCAUGCUAACUUUCAUGAAAAUUUUGAAAAUGUAUUUUAAAGUAAAAUAUUUGAAUUGAGCAAAAAAUGCCAUUUAAAAUAAAUUUACACAUUGCAAACAGUACUUACAAUCCACGUAAGAGGUCAAAAUAUGCAAAAUUAGCCCUUACUGUGUCAGUCAUGCAGUAGAAAUAUGGUGAUAAUUAAGUACAGCAAAAACCAUUCACUCAUUGCAAAUCACAUGUAAAUAAUUACUUGAAUGAUGAUUCUUUAUUAUGAUUUUAAUUUCUUUAAAAAAUUUGGCUCAUCUGCGAGGCAUGCAACUUUAAGUUUCCUUUUAUCAUUAACCAUCAGUACAUUAUGAUUAAAAGAAAGAUUUGAACAAUUUACUGAUUAUUUAUAUGUUGUUAUAAAAAGCACAUACAUUGUAUCUAUAAUUAACAUCAAUGCAAUGUGUAAAAUAUUGAAAUAUUUAUAAUAAUGCAUGCAAUCUUCAAAUGUCAUUCAUCGUUUUUCAUCAGAAUUGUCUAGGUUACAUAAGAUUCUGAGGUUGUCAUAUAUUGUGGAAAGCAAUUGCCAGAAUUUCAUAGUCAUUUUAUAAGGUGUUAAAUAUAAAUUGAUUUCAUUAACUCAUUUUUAAUUGUGUUCUCUUGAUAUAAAGUAUCAUAGUUCUUAUUGCCAAAAUUAGUGGGGUGUUUUCUGUUUGAGGCAUUUCCAUUUGCUUGAAGAAUGCAUUUUUGAUCAGUUUUUAAUCAUUCUGUUCUGCCAAAUUAAAUGUUACUUGGUGCUUUUCUUAUAGAAAAAGCUGUUAAACAUUUUUAUACCUAAUUAUUUAUUGAAUGAUUCACCUUCACUGUAUGCAUGUAAAGAAAUUGAUAAAUUUAUAUUCAUCUCAUCUGUCUUGCUGCUGGAACUACAUUUGUAUAAUAAUAGCGUUAGGACAUUUCUAAGAAAUGCAAGUGAUCACUAUGUUGUAAUUUCGUGGUCUCACGCUGUAGGGCGCCAGACAAAAUCAUGGAAAUACAAUCACUUUGUCAUAUAUUUGUGUUUUUGCCUUUUGCUCUGUUGGGCAGGAGGUGAAAACACAAAAAGUAAACAAAGUGACCCAUUUGUCUGCUUUUGCUACUCUUGAUGCUCUGCAAAACACUAAAUUACGACAAAGUGACCACUUUAUCGUACUUUCACUCUGGGGGGCACCAGGGGAAAAGAUGAAAUACGACAUAGUCUUUUUGUAUGACAAUUUAGCAAAAAAACAGGUCCUUUUGUUGUUGUUUUUUUCUUUCUUUUUAUUUCCAAAGAAAAGCAGAUUUUUCACAUAUAUAUAUAGUAAUAAACAUUGAAUAUUGAUAGGUAUUGCAUUGGAUACAGUAGUAUAAAUAUUGUUAAUGCAUCAUACACACCUACAUUUGUCAAAUUUAUCAUACAUGUAUGAAUUAAAGUACAUGUACAAAUUGUGUAUAAUGCAUGUGAUGUACCCACAAUGUUUUUGUUGUUUUAAGGUUAUCCAAAGUGAACUUAUCUGUAUUUAAGUUAGUUGUUCAUACUUGUUAUUGCAAAUUUUUAACCAUGAGUGUUGUGCCUUUAAGAAUUCCACUUCAUUCAAUUGUCUUGUAAAUAUUUACAAGAAUUGUUAAUGUAACCUCUGUAAUAAUUCUUGCCUAUAAGACUGUAAUGAAUAUUGUCCUAAAAAAGUCAAAGAUUUAUAUAUUCUGGAAAAUCAUUUUUAUUUGUGGGGAAUUAAUUUUCAUAGUCUUUCCUAAGGUCAGCCGCACAUUUAAGAUCCAAUGAAAAUUCUUUAAGACUGCUGUAAGAGUAUUUUGCAUUACUUUAUUUGAUAAAUACUUUUUUUGCACAAAUAGACAAUCCAAAAUUUAAGAACUGUUGAAUAUGUCCUUUGUGAUAAACUCAUAAAAUUUCAUUCCAACGAAAUUAGGUGAACAAACUUUAUAGAUUAUUUCUGGAUUCAGGAUUUUAUAGACUAACUGUAUUUUACCAUAUACCAUUCAUCAUUUAUAUUCUUAAUUUAUUGCUGUAGUCAUAGGCACAGUUCUUUAUUUAAUAUGUUACUUUGAUCUUUGGUUGAAUAAUCUGUUUAUAACAACAAUAGAUUAUAAUGAUAACAUAAGAGCAUAAAUAAAGAACAAUGUCAAGUCAUCAUGUUGUUUUAAACAUUAUAUGUAUUUAUACACCUAGCUUUUUUAACACAUGAACAUUUUUUAAGUGGCUUUACAUCAUUAUUUUAUUUGGUUUGUUCAUAUUUCUUCAUUUAUUUGGACCUUGUUAGGUGUAAAAUGAGUAAGAUCCAAUUUCUAUAAACUUUCAGAAGAAGUAAAUUCAGUCUUCAUUGAACAUGUUUGAAAUAGGAAAAAGGUCUUGCCACACUCUGUAAAC